GCCAUCGUAAGCCCAUAACCCGGAAUUACAGGGCACACCUCUGUUGUGUUUGGCUUGAUUAAAUCUGUAAUUCUUUCCAAGUUCAUUAAUUAAUCAGACCCAGUCAAAAAUAACUACCUAGCACUUCCCAGCUUCACCGUCAGUCUGUAACCGCCCACUACUCCAUUUCUCUUCCCAACUUCCUAUUUCUAAGCCUACUUCACCACCCUCCAUCUCUAUAUAUACAUGAAUCGAAUCGAAUCAAAACUUGCGUAUUUAUCAGCAUAUCCCUCUCGAAUUCACAUCUCCGUGGCCUUAUUCUCAAUCUUGUUCAUUCCUCCUUGCAAUGGCCUCUUCCACCUUCCUUUCUGUGCUCCUCUUCACCACAGUGCUGUGCUGUGCGUCUGGUUUUGAGUUCCAGGUAGGAGGAUCAGCAGGAUGGGUAGUCCCACCUGCCAAUCAGACCAACAUGUACCAUGAAUGGGCUUCACACAAUAGGUUCCAAGUUGGUGAUUCCAUACGGUUUAAGUACAAGAAAGACUCGGUGAUGGAGGUGGAGGAAGAAGGCUACAAGAACUGCAAUUCCAGUCACCCAAACAUGUUCUCCAACAACGGAAACACAAUGUUCAGGUUCGACCAUGCGGGCUCUUUCUACUUCAUCAGUGGCGCGGCUGGGCAUUGCCAGAAAGGACAGAAGAUGAUCGUGAGGGUGCUCACCCAGGAGGACUCACUUCCUGAUCAUCACCAUCAUAACUCUUCUUCUGCUUUUCGUCAUCCAGCUUCGCCGCUCGUCCCCAAGAUCGUCUUCUUUGUUUCCGCCUUUGUGGCUUCUUACGUUAUUUGA